CGGCCCCAGCCCCAGCUCUGCCAGUGUGGGGAUCCGCCUCCCGCAAGCCGCGCUGCCGCUGCAGCUGCCCCAGCUCCUCUCAUGGUCGCCCUCGGAACGUUCCCCUAGCGCCCCGGGGUCAUUCCAGCGGCUCCGCGCACCCCUCGCGCCCCGGGAUCGUUCCUGCGGCCACCGCCGCCUCCCCGGAGCGCCGGCCCGCGCGCCCGGCUCGCCGCUCCCCGGCAUUUUCGGGGGGCCCGCCCGCCCUGCACCCUGGAGCACCGGGCCACGAGCCUCUGCCAGCUCCUCUGGAUCCUCGCGGCCGUGGGCAGCGGCUGCCGCGCCGGUCCGCCCGAGGCAGGACCCUCAGCUCUGCAUCUGCCCUGUAACUCUGGCUGUGCCGCCCGGCCCUCGGGUAAAACGGGCACCCCAGGACCAUGGCCGAGGAAGACCUCAUCUUCCGCCUGGAAGGCGUGGAUGGCGGCCCAGCCUCCCGGGCUGGUGAUUCAGACACUGACAGCGACGAUGAUGAGGAGGGCUACUUCAUCUGCUCCAUCACCGAUGACCCCGGGGCACACCAGAACGGCAACUUCAAGGUUAAUAACUGCCACAGCAGCCUAGCAAAAAGCGAGCGCUACGGCUCCAGCGGGUCCCCAGCUGGCUCCUUCCAUUUCAAGGAAGCUUGGAAGCAUGCAAUCGAGAAAGCCAAGCACAUGCCUGACCCCUGGGCUGAGUUCCACCUGGAAGACGUUGCCACGGAAUGCGCCACACGCCACAGGUACAACGCUGUCACCGGCGAGUGGGUGGAGGAUGAAGUCCUAAUCAAGAUGGCAUCCCAGCCCUUCGGCCGGGGAGCAAUGAGGGAGUGCUUCAGGACGAAGAAGCUCUCCAACUUCCUGCACACCCAGCAGUGGAAGGGGGCCUCCAACUACGUGGCAAAGCGCUACAUCGAGUCCGUGGACAGGGAUGUGUACUUCGAGGACGUGCGUCUACAGAUGGAGGCCAAGCUCUGGGGAGAGGAGUAUAAUCGGCACAAGCCCCCCAAGCAGGUGGACAUCAUGCAGAUGUGCGUCAUAGAGCUGAAGGAGAGACCGGGCCGGCCGCUGUUCCACCUGGAACACUACAUCGAGGGCAAGUACAUCAAGUACAACUCCAACUCAGGCUUCGUCCGCGAUGACAACGUGCGCCUAACGCCACAGGCCUUCAGCCACUUCACAUUUGAGCGUUCCGGCCACCAGCUGAUUGUUGUGGACAUCCAGGGCGUGGGUGACCUCUACACCGACCCACAGAUCCACACUGAGAGGGGCACUGACUUUGGAGAUGGAAACCUAGGUGUCCGCGGGAUGGCUCUCUUCUUCCACUCGCAUGCCUGCAACCGGAUUUGCAAGAGCAUGGGCCUCGCUCCCUUUGACCUGUCCCCAAGAGAGAGGGAUGCAGUGAAUCAGAACACCAAGCUGCUGCAAUCAGCCAAGACCAUCUUAAGGGGGACAGAGGAAAAGUGCGGGAGCCCCCGUGUGAGGACCCUCUCAGGGAGCCGGCCCCCACUGCUCCUUCGCCUCUCAGAGAACUCCGGAGAUGACAACAUGAGCGACGUGACCUUUGACUCUCUCCCUUCCUCUCCAUCUUCAGCCACACCACACAGCCAGAAACUGGACCACCUCCAUUGGCCUGUGUUCAGCGACCUCGAUAACAUGGCACUGCGAGACCAGGACCCUCUGGACAACCACCGGGACUCUGAGAACGGUGGGGACAGUGGAUACCCCAGUGAGAAGCGGGGUGACCUGGAUGACCCAGAGCCCAGAGAACAUGGCCACUCAAACGGUAACCGGAGGUACGAGUCGGAUGAAGACAGCCUGGGCAGCUCCGGACGGGUCUGUGUGGAGAAGUGGAAUCUCUUCAACUCCUCCCGCCUCCACCUGCCGAGACCUUCGGCUGUGGCCCUGGAAGUGCAGAGGCUCAACGCUCUGGACCUCGAGAAGAAAAUCGGGAAGUCCAUUUUGGGGAAGGUCCAUCUGGCCAUGGUGCGCUACCACGAGGCUGGCCGCUUCUGCGAGAAGGACGAGGAGUGGGACCGGGAGUCGGCGGUCUUCCACCUGGAGCACGCAGCCGACCUGGGCGAGCUGGAGGCCAUCGUGGGCCUGGGACUCAUGUACUCGCAGCUUCCCCACCACAUCCUGGCAGAUGUCUCUCUGAAGGAGACAGAAGAGAACAAAACCAAAGGAUUUGAUUACUUACUGAAGGCAGCCGAAGCUGGGGACAGACAGUGCAUGAUUCUGGUGGCACGAGCCUUUGACACUGGCCAGAACCUCAGCCCUGACAGGUCCCAGAGCUGGCCAGAGGCCCUCCACUGGUACAACACUGCCCUGGAGACAACUGACUGUGAUGAGGGUGGGGAGUAUGAUGGGAUGCAAGACGAACCCCGGUACAUGCUGCUGGCCAGGGAGGCGGAGAUGCUGUUCACAGGCGGCUGCGGGCUGGAGAAGGACCCACAGAGAUCAGGCGACUUGUACACCCAGGCAGCCGAGGCAGCGAUGGAAGCCAUGAAGGGCCGGCUGGCCAACCAGUACUACGAGAAAGCAGAGGAGGCCUGGGCCCAGAUGGAGGAAUAACUUGCUGGAAAAAACCACUGCCAGCCAGCCGCAAGUUACAGGGCUAGGAGAAAGGGGAAGAAAAAGACUUCUUAUUGAGGGUUGUUUGGGGGCUGGAGGGGGCAGAUGUUUUUAGUAAAUCAACUUUUGUAUGUUAUUUUUUGACUCUUGAAUAUGUCUUUGCUACCAGUGGAGACACUGCAGCUGUCCCCUAGGGCACUGGGGAUUGAAAAAGCAGCCUAAUGAACCAAUGUAUCUUUCUGAGGUUCUUUUUCUGUGUUUUGUUGUGGUUAUUGUUGUUGUUUGUCAUGAGAUGUAAGAAAAUGUAUCUUUUCUGCUCUGGAUGGAAAAUAUUAAAGCUCAAGCCUUUUCAGGCUGGGCUGAAAUCUCAGGCCCACAGAGCCUGUGUUUCCUGAGUCAGGAUGAGGUAGGAAAGAGCAGAGCUGCGUGUUAACUUUCCACGAGGUGUGUAUUGUCAUGUCUGUCUUAGAGCAAAGCCGUCUUUCUCAGAGCAUUUGGAAGAAUGUGUGUGGCAUUUUUUGGUGUGUGUGAGACUGUACAUCUCCCAGGACCCCUUCUGCCAUGGGGGAGGGCCCACACACUUUUCUUAUCUUUUAAUUUCCUUCCUGAAAUGCAACUGAUUUUGUGGAAUACAACCAAAUUACAUUCUGAAGUGUGUUUUCCACAGUGGGCUUUACAAAACAGGUUUGAUUUCUAUAUGCACACUUUUACUACCUCUAAUUCCUGCCUCAGCUCGUGUGGAAGUGGGUGCACCUCAAAGCUUUUACGUGCAAGGGCUGUGGCUUGGAAGGUUGAAGCCUUUCCUCCAAACAGACAUGUACUCUGCAUCUCAGUAGCAGCAUCCACAAUAUGACUGAAGUACCCCUUGUACAGUAUUCCUCUAUAUUUUCUUAGCAUCUGACAUUCUUACGAAGAAUCUGCUCCCAACCCCCAUCCUUGGCAUUUUCUGCUUGAAGCUUGGCUGAUUUUCUUGUCAUUUGCAGUAGGAUGCUUUCAGCAGCAGUCCCUUGAGAUUUGUUUAAGCUGUUGGAGAAUGAGAGGGCAAGAACUAUAAACACUCAUUAAUUCCAGUGGUUUCCCCAGGGCCAGGCUAUGGCUAUCUGUAUUUAAUAAGUGUUCUUUUUAGAAGGAUUUCAGAUUUAACAUCAGUGUGAUUUCAACUGAUGUUUCAAAUAGCAAAGAAAACAGACUGCUUUGAUCAACCCCAAGUGCUAAAGCAACAUCUCUUUGUUUAAAAAUCAAAACAUUAAAAAAAAAAACAGAGUGUAACAUACAAACCAGUUCAUUAAGACAGGUCCUUCAGCAUGUUAGUGUUAAGUACUGUGGAGUCAUGACCCUCUGCAUGUAUUCGGUUCCAAAGUUAAGAGUGUGCCCUAAAGGAAAAAUCAAGCAGAGUCAAAAUUACCCUUGAAAUGUCCUUUGGAUCACCUAUAAAUGACGGGUACCCCUGUUUUUGUAUUUGGACUCACCAUAACCAGUUUACUCCAAAAGCUGGAACUAAUUACCCUUUUGCUGUUUGCACAAAUCAAGUAGUUGGCUUGCCUUAAGUUGUUUGUGUGUUUUAAACCAGUGCAUAUAGUUAAUUUGCAUUUGUUAAAUGUAAGCUAGAAGCAACUUUAUUUUGACUUUUCAAAGUUAUCAAACCUCAUUAACUGAUGCUUUUGUUGUUGCUGUUGUCAGUUCCACCAGUCUCCUCACUCUCUGAGAUUUUAUUAUGCAAAUCAUUUAUAUUCCCUGACCACCUGUCUCAUUUCCUAGUUACAUGUCAGUGCUUUUCUGUAACACAGGGAUCGGCAACUUUUUUCUAAAGGGCCAGAUAGUAAACAUUUUAGGCUUUGUGGGCCUUAUGGCCUCUUGCAACUACUCAGCCUUGCCAUUGUAGUGCAGAAACACUGGUGAAUGAUACCUAAAUGAAUGGGUGCAGCUGGUGUUCCAAUAAAACUUUAUUGACAAAAACAGCCUGCCUGGGCUAUAGUUUGCCAGCCCCUGCUCUAAUCCUGACGAAGAGUUACUAUAUUAAACCCUGAAGCUGCAUGUUAACUCAAUUUUUCUUCAAUCUCUAGUGCUUAAAAACACAGUGCCUUGGCACUGAGUAAGCACUCAGUAAAUUCAUAAAAACUGGAGUGUUUGUGGCUCUAGUUCCUCCAGCCUGUCUGGAAUGGCUUGGUCACCUGUGCUAUUCCACCCAUCCAUAUGGCUUUAAUGUCACCAGGUGGUCCCCUUCUCCUGUAGGAGACUGGAAUGGCCUGGAUGUACUACAGCUAAUCAAAUGCUUCUUUAAGGAUCAGUGAGAGCAAAGUGAUCUGCAAGACACAAAUCCUUCUGAGCUAACUUAGUUAGCUUAGUUAGAACUUAACUCCACCUUCAAAAGAUAGUUCUGUGCCUUCUAAAAUUGGCUAGGGCAUCUUCUUUUUCCACAAAUGCUGGGCAUCCAAAAAGCAAAAAAACCUCAGGACAUUCCAGCCCAACUGGGAAGACAUCAGAGACUAUCUUCAAGUACAAGAAGCAGGUGAAGGUCCAGGAGAUUAGCGGAGUCAAAGAUAUAAUCAGUAUCUUCAAUCACAGAUGGAAAAUCCAAGGUUCUGAAAGGUAGACUCUUUCCAAAUAUCCUGCUGGUUAGAGGCUAAGCUGAAGCCAGGAUCUGACAGCUACUCUUAGUUAGAGGAUCCUGGGAAUAAAAUUUAAAAUUAAACUGCAGUGAACUGAAGUGUGAUGUCUCUCAGUUUUGCUAUAGGUUUAAAAAGAAAAAAAAAAAUCAGGCUUUAUGGAUAGAAGUAGGAAAAAAAAAUCCCUAGCCCCCAGUGCAGCUGGAUGUCCUUAUUCCCUCCUUACCUGAGGCCCUGUGGGAAUUUAUCAUCAAAUGCAACCUUGAUGAAUCAAGCCAGGUAACUACUGUUGUUGCUAUUUUAAUGACUUCCUUUCCUUUCAUCCCAGCACAUUUGUCUGCAGUACUAGACAUGUGUUACAAAUCAACAAAAUGUUUACACAAGUAUGUGCGGCUUGUGGGGGGGGGGGGGGGGGCGGGGCGAAGGAGACAAAAUAUGCAUAUUCUCUGCAAUUGUGCCUGCUACUCAUUUUUUCUAAUCUCUGAGGUAACCAUUUAACCUGGACAAGGUGGACACUGGGUGGGACCCAGAGAAGUGGCUUGUAUUAUAGAUUUAUUUUUGCAUAUGUAUUGUUCAAUUUUGCCUUUCCAAAUAAAGUGAUUUCUUUCUUUC